UUUCUCUUUCACUCUUUCAACAAUGGCACCUGCGUCGAUUUGUUUGUGUUGAAUACGUGACAAAAUAAUAUUUUUAUUUGAUUUAAAACCAAUUACUUAACAUAAAACACUCGAUAAAAUGGGUGUACCAGCAUUCUUUCGCUGGCUCAGCCGCAAAUAUCCGAGUGUUAUUGUCGAGUGCAUUGAACAGAGGCCAACCGACGUAGAUGGCCAGCUUGUAUACGUAGAUUCGUCCCUUCCGAAUCCAAAUGGGAUAGAAUUUGACAACUUAUAUCUUGACAUGAAUGGUAUAAUUCAUCCCUGUACGCAUCCUGAGGAUAAACCGCCUCCUAAAGACGAGGAUGAGAUGAUGGUGGCUAUCUUCGAGUGCAUCGACAGGCUGUUCCGCAUCGUUAGGCCUAGGAAGCUAUUGUACAUGGCUAUUGAUGGAGUAGCCCCUAGAGCAAAAAUGAACCAGCAAAGGUCACGUAGAUUCAGAGCAUCUAAGGAGACCCAGGAGAAGAUUGAGGAAGUGGCGCGCAUUAGAUCAGAGUUGCAGGCCAAAGGGGCCUAUUUGCCUCCCGAGAGGCCCAAGGAAGCCCACUUUGAUUCCAACUGUAUCACACCUGGUACACCCUUUAUGGAUCGGCUGAGCAAAUGCUUACAUUAUUAUAUACAUGACAGGUUGAACAGUGACCCAGGAUGGAAGGGAAUAAAAGUGAUCCUCUCAGAUGCUAAUGUACCUGGUGAAGGAGAACAUAAGAUUAUGGACUAUAUUAGGAGGCAGAGAGCCCAACCAGACCAUGACCCAAACACGCAGCAUGUGCUAUGCGGUGCGGACGCUGAUCUGAUAAUGCUGGGUCUGGCUACACAUGAACCCAACUUCACCAUCAUCAGGGAAGAGUUCAAGCCCAACAAGCCACACCCUUGUGAUGUUUGUGGACAGUUGGGUCACGAGAUGAAGGAGUGCACGGGCACAACGCCCGACGCGUCGCUGGUGCGGUCCGACCCUGCUUUCGGAAACCAGGACAGUUUCAUCUUCGUGCGGCUGACUGUCUUGAGGGAAUAUCUUGAAAAGGAGCUACAAAUGCCCAACCUCCCUUUCAACUAUGAUUUUGAGCGAGCUUUAGACGACUGGGUGUUUAUGUGCUUCUUUGUGGGCAACGACUUCCUGCCUCAUCUACCAAGUUUGGAGAUCAGGGAGGGAGCUGUGGACCGCCUCGUUAACUUGUACAAGAAGUGUGUCUACAAAACAAAGGGUUGGAUCACAGACUCAGGCGACGUGAACCUAGACAGGGUUCAGGUUAUAAUGGACGAGCUGGGCAGAGUUGAGGACGAGAUAUUCCGGAGACGGCACCAGAAUGAAGUGAGCUUCAAGGCGCGGGAGAAGGCCAAAAAGCAGCAGAAGGUCAACUUCGGACUGCUGGAGAAGACGCAGUUUGCGCCUCAGCGUCUAGGCGCGGGCUCGCGGGCGGUAGAGAAUCCUCGGCAGGAAGCCGCCAACAUACGCCUCGCGGGAAUGCAAGCUGUGGCUGCGCAAGAGCAAGCAGAUAACCGCGGCCGCAAAAGAUCCGCGGCCGAGGCGGGUCUGGACGAAGACGAGGAGGAGAAACACGACGAGGUCCGGCUGUGGGAGGAGGGGUUCAAGGAGCGCUACUACGAGAGCAAGUUCGAGGUGGCCAGAGACAACCUGGAGUUCAGGUACCGCGUAGCCCUGCAAUACGUGCGCGGCUUGUGCUGGGUGCUGCGCUACUACUACCAGGGCUGCGCGAGCUGGAAGUGGUACUUCCCCUACCACUACGCGCCCUUCGCCUCCGACUUCGUCAACAUCCAGGGCCUGUCCACUAAGUUUGAGAAGGGAACACUGCCUUUCCGACCGCUGGAACAGUUGAUGGGCGUGUUUCCUGCCGCCAGUUCGCAGCACGUACCCCAGCCGUGGGCCAAACUUAUGAGCGACCCGUUUUCGCCCAUAAUCGACUUCUAUCCAACGGACUUCAAGAUUGACUUAAACGGCAAGAAGUUUGCGUGGCAAGGCGUCGCUCUGCUGCCCUUCGUGGAUGAAACGCGAUUAUUCAAAGCUCUCGAACCUUACUAUAAAGAUUUGACUCAGGCUGAGAUAUACCGCAACAUAAAAGGCCACGACCGACUAUACGUGGCACCUUCAAACAAAAGCUAUGAGUUUCUCCUGGCGCUGUACCAGGAGGCAGGCCCGGAACUGCGCAAACUGAUCGAGGACGAGCAGAGAUACCCCUUCCGUUCCGAGGGCGUCAGGGGAGACGUGAUGCUGAGCGCUGACAACGUGUGCAUUGGCGGGCAACUAGCAUCACCAGUAGUGGGCCUGGCCCCAGUGCUGGACAACCGCGUGGUGUGCGUCCGUUACCAAGACCCUCAGUAUCCAGACGACUUCAUCUUCCCCGCGCGGAGACUCCACGGUGCCACGGAGCCAGCUCGCGUGCUGAAGCCUGGCAACCUGUCACACCAGGAGAACAGGAACUGGAGACCGCAGAUUGGCAUGGUGCGGUCGAACACAGUGGCGUCGCUGGAAAUAGCGGGGCACCGCAUGCUGGGCCACCAGCUGUCGCGGUCAGGCUCCUACUCCAACGUGCCGCCGCCGCAGCAGCAGCAACACAAUCGAUCACAGUCCUUCGGACCACAUCGGGGCGGCUACGUACCCCACCAGGGUCAAGGCAAUCAAGGCUACAACCGGAACUACCAAUCCGCUGACAGGUACGGCUCAAACCAAGACAGGUACGGUUCAAACCAAGAUAGACACGGUUCUAACGACAGGUACGGUUCAAACCAAGGCAGAUACGGCUCGAAUCAAGACAGAUAUCAGAACCAGGGCUACCAAGGUCAGAAUUUCAGGUCAUACAACCAAGACCAAGGGUCCAACCAAGGUCACAACCAAGGUUACAACCAAGGUUACUCGCAAAAUAAGUAUCCGCGGAAUGACCAGGGAAGGGACCAAAGUCAAAGACCUAACUCAGGUUCUAGUAAUAGAUAUCAAGGUAACUCGACGUGGCGUUGAUGCUAAGUUGAAUAGAUAAAUAAAGUUUAUUUGUUGCGC